AUGCAAGAAGAUGAAGAAAGAAAAACCUUGCUUAAUAAUAAACACGUUUCAUAUUCUGCUGAUAAUCAUAAUCAACAUCAUUCAUCUCGUCUUGAAUGGGCAGAAUCGUCUUGGAUUCGAUUUUUCAAUGUACUAUUUUGGUGUUGGAUGAAUCCGAUUCUUAAUGCAAGCUGUAAACGACAACUUACAGUAGAUGAUCUUGAUGAUAUACCUCAGGUUGACAAAGCUUCUGUAUUAUUAGAUAGAUUAUCUUCGUAUGACUGGUCAUCAACAACAACGUGGAAUAUUGUUUGUAAAGAAUUUGGAAAAGAUUACAUUUUUGCUAGUCUAUUCAUAAUUCCGUAUUUGAUAACAAGUAUUGCUCAACCAUUACUUUUUCGUCAAAUUCUCUUGCAUAUUAUGAAUAAACAAAGGUCAAAUAUAGUCAGCUAUUUAUACAUAACACUAUUGGUUAUUUUGGUCAUUAUACAAACGCUCAUGCAUCGACAAAAUUUUUUUCGUUUGGCUCGUAUUGGCAUGCGAAUUAGGAAUGCACUUACUAUUAUUAUUUUCCAACGUGCAUUGUCUCUAAAACUAGCAUUAUGGGAAAGUAUGAACACAGGUCAAAUUAUUAACUUGAUCACUAAAGAUGCAUACAAGCUUGAAGAAUUGUGCACAUAUUUGGCCUAUCUAUUUGAAGGACUUCUCGAGACUAUCAUUAUAUUUGGUUUACUUUGUUGGAUUAUGCAACCUAUACCAGCAUUAUGUGGUUAUGCUUUAUUUCCUUUAUUUGUUCUUAUGCAAUUAUAUUUCAGUAAAAAAAUUAGUCAAUAUUAUGAAAUAACAGCUGUGUGUAGCGAUAAACGUCUGCAAGGUUUUAGUGAAAUCAUUUAUGAAUGUCAUUUCAUUAAAAUGUAUAACUGGGAAAAACCAUUGGAAGAUCGUAUAAUUGAAAUGCGAGAACAUGAAUUAGCAAAUAUUCGAUGUACGUCAUGUUUUCGUGCGUACAAUAUGGCUCUAUUUUUUCUUUCAACAUUACUCUUGGCACUCACCACAUUUGGCAGUGCUUGGCUUUUAGGUUAUCCAUUAACUGUAGAGAAUACUUUUCCAGCCCUUUCAUUAUUUGCUUUACUGCGUAUGAAUGUUAUGUAUUUUCUACCAAUGUCAUUUGAGAAAUUAAAUGUGGCCAAAUCUGCAUCAAGAAGAAUAGAUUCAUUUAUGCGUUCGAUCAUGAAACAAAAUGAUCAUUCUGUAUUAUCAACAUCGUUAAUCAAUGAACAAAAAAAGGGAAAUAUCAUGAUUUCUAAUGCAUGUUUUUCGUGGCGUAAUGAGAUGCCUUGUCUAUCAUUAUCUGAUUUGAAUAUCGAACAAGGCACAUUUGUCGGAAUUGUUGGACCAGUAGGCUCUGGUAAAUCAUCCUUAUUGGCUGCUAUUCUCGGUGAAAUGAAUCUUACCAAUGGUCAAUUAAAUACAAAUAAUAGUUCAUUCGCUUAUGCUGCUCAAAAGCCAUGGAUAGUUGAAGAUACAUUUCGCAACAAUAUUCUUUUAAAUCGACCAUUCGAUCAGCAACGAUAUAGAAAUGUAAUACAUGCUUGUUGUCUUGAUGUUGAUAUUAGUUUAUUUGGGCCUAGUGGUGAUCUUAUGAUGAUUGAAGAAAAUGGAUUUAAUCUAAGCGGUGGACAAAAGGCGAGAGUGUCAUUAGCUCGUGCUUUGUAUGCUGAUGCAGAUAUUUAUCUGCUUGAUGAUAUAUUAUCUUCUGUUGAUCAUAAAGUAGCUAAAAAAAUCUAUGAUCGAUGUAUUGGUCCGUUUGGAUUAUUAAAAAAUAAAACUCGUUUAUUAGCUACUCAUCAAACUCAAUUUCUUAGUGAAUCACAUCAAAUAAUAUUUCUAGCCAAUGGUCAUAUUGAUAAACAUGGCUACUUGAAUAGAAAUAUUACUAAAGAAAAUUACACAAAAGAAAAUGAAAAUUCAACAUUAGCCAGUCUGAUUGAUGAUAGUAGAUCAGUGGAUCGCCAUCAUUCGAUUGUAACUGAUGAAAAACUACUAGAUGAUGAUACCAGAUGGUCUAUUUGGUAUCGCUUGUUUACUGCACCACCAUUUGGUAGAAUUGGCUUCUGUUUACUUAUUGUUUUACUCUUAUUGGGUGAAGCAUUAAGUGAAUGUGCAUAUUAUUGGCUUAGCAUUUGUUUGAAACAAUCUGGUGCAGGUCAGCAAGUCUCAUUGAAAUCUGCUUAUAUAUUUUUUAGUUUGAUAGUUGCCACAGUAAUCGUAGAUAUCGUUCGCAAGCUCUAUGCUUUUAAUGUUAUGUUACGUGGUUCAAAUAAUUUACACAAUAAUAUGUUAAGAGGACUUUUAUAUACAUCAAUACUGUUUUUUGAAACUAAUCCCAGUGGUAGAAUUCUGAACCGAGCAAGCCAAGAUCAAUAUGUUAUUGAUGAUUCAAUUCCGAUAACGUGGUUGGAAGGUGUGGAAGGACUAUUAAUAGCAAUUGGUUCGAUGUUCAUUAUGUGUUUUAUUAAUCCCUAUCUUAUCUUGGCACUUAUUUUAUUAGUACCAGUUAUUUGGUUAAUAAUUUACUUUUGUCAAAAAUGUUCACGUCGACUUAAAAGACUUGAAAGUGUUACUCGCAGUCCUGUGUAUGCACUCUUUUCAUCAUCCCUAAAUGGUCUAUCAACAAUUCGUUCAUUUCAAGCUGAAAACAGUUUUAUUCAAUUAAUGGCUGAUAGAAUUGAUGUGCAUACAUCUGUAUAUCUCAUCGUACAUGCUGCAUCACAAUGGUUUGCAUUAAUAAUUAGCACUAUUUGCGUAGUCAUAUUAUUAAUCAUUUCUAUUCAAGCAGUAUAUAUUCACGACAAUGCAAAAUCGUCGGUAUCUGCACUCAGCUUAUUGUAUGCAAUGCAUGUAUCAAUAUAUUUUCAAUGGUCUAUGCGGAAACUGACUGAAGCCGAUACAAUGAUGAUAAGUGGCGAACGCAUCGAUGAGUAUUCACAUUUACCACGUGAGGACGAUCACGGCGGUCACAACGGUCUUGUAGAAACUUCAUCAAAAUGGCCAAUUCAUGGAAAACUUAAAAUUAGAAAUUAUUCAUUACGCCAUCAAUUUAACCUAGAAUAUGCAAUUAAAAAUAUCAACUUGAGUAUAGAGUCUUGUCAGAAGAUUGGCAUUAUUGGUCGAACUGGUGCUGGAAAAUCAUCACUCUUCAAAGGUAUUCUUCGCUUUGUUAAUCGAUCAUGUGUUAAUGGUGAAAUUUUCAUUGAUGAUGUUGAUAUAAGCCGUAUUACACUUAGCCAUCUUCGAUCUCAUCUCAGUGUUAUUCCGCAACAACCUAUAUUAUUCAGUGGUACCCUUCGAUACAACCUUGAUCCAUUCGAUCAUUAUUCUGAUGAACAAUGUUGGAUGGCACUUGAAGAUGCUCAACUUAAACAGUUUGUAAAAAAUCAUUCAGCAGGUCUUCUAAUGCUUAUUGGUGAAUCUGGCAAAACCUUGAGUGUUGGACAAUGUCAAUUAGUAUGCAUUGCACGAGCCAUACUGAAAAAAAGUAAAAUCCUAUUGAUUGAUGAAGCAACAGCUAAUGUUGAUCCGAAAACAGAUGAUCUGAUUCAAAAAGUACUUAAAAAUAAAUUUGAAGAUCGAACUAUUCUUACAAUUACUCAUCGACUAGAUACAUUGGCAGAAUAUGAUCGUAUUCUUGUAUUGGAUCGAGGAAUGAUCGUCAAUUUUGAUACACCUACAAAUAUUUUACAUUCUUAUUAUAAUUAA